AUGAAGCGUGUUGGCGGACUCCAGUUUGAGACGCUGUUCUGUGUUUCAGGUGUGUACGUGUUUGGCCUCUUCACUGUGGACAUCUUUGUGAACGCCGGGCAGGUGGUGACGGGGAACCUGGCGCCUUACUUCCUGACCGUGUGCAAACCUAACUACACGGCUCUGGGCUGUCAGCACGCACUACGCUACAUCAGCCACCAGGAGGCGUGCACGGGAAACCAGGACGACAUCCUGCGAGCGCGCAAGAGUUUCCCCUCCAAAGAGGCCGCACUCAGCGUCUAUGGGGCGCUCUACCUGGCGAUGUAUGUGACGUGUGUGGUGAAGUCCCAGGGCACCCGUCUGGCCUCCCCGCUCCUGGCCCUGGGGCUGCUGUGUUUGGCGUUUCUCACUGGACUGAACCGUGUGGCAGAAUAUCGUAACCACUGGGCGGACGUGAUCGCAGGGUACAUCAUCGGCAGCGCCAUUGCCACCUUCCUGGUGGUGUGUGUGGUGCAUAACUUCAAAGGGAAGCUGCUCCUCGGUGACGACGCCCACCUCCCGGAGCAGCCCCCCAGCCCCGCCCCCCUGAACCUGGGCCGCGUGGAGAGCCCCCUGGAGAAGUACAUGUCCUCCCAGGAGACGGACAGUGAGGUCUCGCAGAGCUGGGACCUGAAGGAGAAGGUCUCAGAGUUUGUGGACUGGCUCAGGGGCCUGAACUGGCUCUUCUGCUUCAGGAGGAAAAGGCAAUAA